AUGACUGCAACUGCGGCAGCAGCAGCAGCGACAGUGGCGGUGGCGACGAUGACGUCGAGCGUGAAGCAGUUUGGGCCGACUCUUUCUCUCCCCUCUACUGCAAGUGUGUCUACAUUUCAGCCAAUUGUCGCUUUCCACCACAAGCGCAACAACAAGACAGACGAGAAGAAUGCGGAGGCAGCGACGGCGACAUCGGCGGCGGAGCACGGGACCCAACACAGACUGUGGACUUGCUUCCUCAUGAAUCCAGACUUGUCAUGGGUAUUGCACUGCCCUUGUGCUCGCUCCGUGCACUUUCCCACCGCUCCUAACUGUGUCUUCUUCUUCUUCGUCGUCGUCGUCGUCGUUGCAUCGCCCAAUUUUGAGGAACUUGCAACGUCAUAA